AAUCCGAACGGCCUAGCCCACUCCAACGCGCACUCUUCUAGGCCCAUCUCACGGUCUCACCUCCUAUGUUCCUUAGCGAUCGCAACAAAACCGCACGCCCUCUCUCUAGCCCGCGCAGUCUUCAGCACGCACACCAAUCGCCCACAAGCGCUCGCAGGAGAGGUCGAAACCCUAGCUUUUGCGGCGGCGGCGAGAGAAGAUGAUCUACGACGUGAACUCCCCCCUCUUCCGUUCCUUCCUCAGCCAGAAGGGCGGCGCCGACAAGAGGAAAAUGGAGGAGCAUAAACCAAAGGAGCAGAGGCCCAAGGCUAACGAGAACAAGCCUGUGAUGAACGAAUGAAUAUCUCCAGAAGCUUUGUUCAAUGUGCAACCAAGUCCGAUGUCCGUUUGCUCUGGUCAGCUUAAAACCAACGCUUCCAAUAAUCCUAUAUUGGUGACUUAGUUUCCCCUUAUAGUGUUAUUUGCUCGGCUUGAACAUGGCAACGGAAAUGAAACUUGAACUACCUAUGGUACUGUCAUCAAUUUGAGACUCCCAUGGUUGACAACUUUUGUGCA